AUCCCCACGACUUCAAAACCCCAAACCAAUCUAGUAGUACUUCGCCGCCUCCUCCGCCGCCGCCGCCGCCGCCGCCGCGAUGGUGUUCCUCCGGGCGCCCGACGGGAGGACGCACCACGUCGACCUGGACCCCUCCACCGCCACGCUCGCCGACCUCGCCUCCUCCGCCUCCCGCGUCUGCGGCGGCGUCCCGCCGCAGCAGCUCCGGCUCUACCUCUCCCACCGCCGCCUCCUCCCGGCCGAGCCUUCCCCGCUCCUGGCGUCACUCCAGGUCGCGGCCUCCUCCUCGCUGCUAGUCCACCUCCCCCUGCUCGGAGGGAUGACCGGCCCGACCCCCGCGGCGCCCCCGCCCCCGUCGGCGCAGCCCCCCGCGCGCCCUGCGCGCUACGACUUCCUCAACUCCAAGCCGCCGCCCAACUACGUGGCGGGUCUAGGUCGUGGUGCCACCGGGUUCACCACCCGUUCGGAUAUCGGGCCCGCCCGCGCGGCGCCUGAUCUGCCCGACCGGUCCGCCGCCGCCGCCGCUCCCGCCAUCGGGCGCGGACGUGGGAAGCCGCCUGGGGACGACGGCGAUGAUGAGGGCGGCGACGAGGAGAAGGGGUACGACGAGAACCAGAAGUUCGACGAGUUUGAGGGCAAUGAUGCUGGCUUGUUCUCCAACGCAGACUACGAUGACGAUGACCGCGAGGCAGAUGCGGUCUGGGAGAGCAUCGACCAGAGGAUGGACUCGCGCCGGAAGGACCGGCGAGAGGCUCGGCUGAAGCAGGAGAUCGAGAAGUACCGUGCGUCCAACCCUAAGAUCACGGAGCAAUUCGCUGAUUUGAAGCGUAAGCUGGUCGAUUUGUCCGCACAAGAGUGGGAAAGCAUACCAGAAAUUGGUGACUACUCGCUGCGCAACAAGAAGAAGCGGUUUGAGAGUUUUGUUCCCGUGCCAGAUACCCUGCUUGAGAAGGCCCGGCAGGAGCAGGAGCAUGUCACUGCACUGGAUCCCAAGAGCCGUGCAGCCGGUGGCACCGAGACGCCAUGGGCACAGACUCCAGUUACCGAUCUGACAGCUGUGGGCGAAGGUCGUGGCACUGUGCUUUCUUUGAAGCUGGAUAGGCUGUCGGAUUCGGUAUCUGGUCUUACUGUUGUUGAUCCAAAGGGUUACUUGACAGACCUGAAAAGUAUGAAGAUUACUAGUGAUGCUGAGAUCUCUGACAUAAAAAAGGCGCGAUUAUUGCUCAAGUCAGUCACACAGACGAAUCCAAAGCAUCCACCAGGAUGGAUUGCUGCUGCUAGGCUUGAAGAGGUUGCUGGCAAGCUUCAGGUUGCUCGGCAGCUAAUCCAGCGUGGCUGUGAGGAGUGCCCCACAAAUGAGGAUGUUUGGCUCGAGGCAUGCCGGUUGGCUAGUCCAGACGAGGCAAAGGCAGUGAUUGCCAGGGGUGUGAAGGCAAUUCCCAAUUCUGUGAAGCUGUGGUUGCAGGCAGCAAAAUUGGAAAUGAGUGAUCUGAAUAAGAGUAGGGUUUUGAGAAAAGGGUUGGAGCACAUUCCUGAUUCAGUCAGGCUGUGGAAAGCAGUAGUAGAGCUUGCAAAUGAGGAAGAUGCAAGGCUGUUGCUUCACAGGGCUGUAGAGUGCUGCCCACUCCAUGUGGAACUGUGGCUUGCCCUAGCGAGGUUGGAGACGUAUGACCAAGCAAAAAAGGUACUUAACAAGGCAAGAGAAAAACUCCCUAAGGAGCCUGCUAUCUGGAUUACAGCUGCAAAGCUGGAGGAAGCUAAUGGAAACACCCAGUCAGUAAACAAGGUGAUUGAGAGAAGUAUAAGAACUUUACAGAGAGAAGGAUUGGAUAUUGACAGGGAGGCAUGGCUAAAGGAAGCAGAAGCAGCUGAACGGGCUGGAUCUGUGUUGACUUGCCAGGCUAUUGUGAAGAAUACUAUUGGCAUUGGUGUUGAUGAUGAAGACAGAAAGCGCACAUGGGUCGCUGAUGCUGAGGAAUGCAAGAAACGUGGUUCAAUUGAGACAGCCCGUGCCAUCUAUGCACAUGCGCUCAGUGUCUUCGUUUCCAAGAAGAGUAUUUGGCUGAAAGCGGCUCAGCUUGAGAAGAGCCAUGGGACCAAGGAUUCUCUUUAUAAUCUCCUCAGGAAGGCUGUUACAUACAAUCCACGUGCAGAAGUGUUGUGGCUUAUGAGUGCAAAGGAGAAAUGGCUGGCUGGAGAUGUCCCGGCUGCCCGAGCCAUUCUUCAGGAAGCUUACGCUUCUCUCCCCAAUUCAGAGGAGAUCUGGCUAGCUGCUUUCAAGCUUGAGUUUGAGAACAAUGAACCAGAGAGAGCAAGAAUUCUUUUGUCAAAGGCUAGGGAAAGAGGAGGCACUGAGAGGGUCUGGAUGAAAUCUGCCAUUGUUGAAAGAGAGUUAGGGAAUGUAGAUGAGGAAAGGAAGCUGUUGGAGGAAGGUCUGAAGUUAUUCCCUUCAUUCUUCAAACUGUGGUUAAUGCUUGGGCAAAUGGAAGACCGGCUUGGUCAUGGAGCCAAGGCAAAGGAGGUUUAUGAGAAUGCACUGAAACACUGCCCUAGUUGCAUCCCUCUUUGGCUCUCUCUAGCUAAUCUAGAGGAGAAGAUAAAUGGCUUGAGCAAGUCACGUGCUGUUCUCACUAUGGCAAGAAAGAAGAACCCAGCUACACCUGAACUUUGGCUUGCAGCAGUUCGAGCUGAAUUGAGGCAUGGGAACAAAAAGGAAGCUGAUGCUCUACUAGCCAAGGCAUUACAGGAGUGCCCAACGAGUGGUAUUUUGUGGGCUGCAGCUAUAGAGAUGGUGCCACGUCCCCAACGUAAAGCAAAGAGCUCAGAUGCUAUAAAACGAUGUGACCAUGAUCCUCAUGUCAUUGCAGCCGUGGCUAAACUAUUUUGGCAUGACAGGAAGGUUGAUAAAGCAAGGAGUUGGUUGAACAGAGCUGUUACUCUUUCUCCAGACAUUGGAGAUUUUUGGGCCUUGUACUAUAAAUUUGAACUACAACAUGGAAAUGCUGAUACACAAAAGGAUGUUCUACAAAGAUGUGUUGCAGCAGAACCAAAGCAUGGAGAGAGAUGGCAAGCAAUAACAAAAGCUGUUGAGAACUCACAUCUAUCGGUUGAGGCCCUUCUGAAGAAAGCUGUGGUGGCUCUUGGCCAGGAAGAAAAUCCAAAUGCUGCAGAUCCGUAGUCCAUGUUGUUUUUCUCUUUUGAUAAGGUCUAUUUCUUCUGCAUGUGGACAAUGCGACGAUGGAAUAUGUAGAGAAAGAAACCCAGUUAUGCAGACUCAAGCAACACCGCUUAUUCUGCGAACUUCUGCACCACCGGACUUGUUGCACUCUCCCAACCAUGACGAUUACCUGGAGAAGGAUUAAGCUUAACUAAAGAGCUAAACCUAUACCAUUUGUAUGCCCUACCGUGGUCAUGUUGACAUACUCGAGAUACCUAUUAGCCAGGAAUGAUGUAGUUUUAGCAUGAUAGUGUCAGAUUGCUAAAUGCAAUAUGUGAGGAUGCUACAGAACCAAGAUGUAGUUUGUGCAUGAGGCAACAUAGAAUGAAUGGCUUGAUGCUCUCUGUUAUGUGACAAA